UAAUACAGUAGAGUAGACUACUGUAGAUUGCUGUAGCGUCUACUGUCUCAAACAGAGGAAGAAGAACUGAAGUUACCGCACUGACAGUUUAAAAAAUUAAGUGGCCGAUAGCAAAGAUUAACCACUUCUUGAUAAUGAUAAAAUGUAAGAAUGUAUUUGUUUGAAAAUCGACGAUAGGUUACAGUUGUGUUUGCGCUUGAAAUCCAACCUGGAGGGGCAGGAAAUUAGCGGGUUUCAUUUCGAGAAAGAAAACGGAUUUACAUAGUGCUCAGGCACUGAAACAGGACGACCAUGGGAGCUUUACUGGGGGCCUUUUCUUUUGCAAGCUGGGUGCCAUGUCUUUGUAGCAGUGCAACAUGCCUGAUGUGCAGAUACUGUCCCAACAGCAAGAACUCCACAGUGACGCGAGUCAUCUAUGCCUUCAUUCUGUUGCUAGGGACCAUUAUAGCCUGCAUCAUGCUGUCACCGGGGGUUGAUCAACAGCUGAAAAGGAUCCCAGGGUUCUGUGAAGAUGGAGCUGGCUCUUCCAUCCCGGGUGUCCAUGCCAACGUGAACUGUGAGAUCUUUGUUGGCUACAAGGCUGUCUACCGAGUGUGCUUUGGUAUGAGCAUGUGCUUCCUGGCAUUUGCUUUGACCAUGAUCCACGUUAAGAACACCAAGGACCCCCGUGCUGCCAUCCACAACGGGUUCUGGUUCUUCAAGAUUGCUGCCAUGGUGGCAGUGACCACUGGUGCCUUUUACAUCCCAGAGGGGCCUUUCACCCGCACAUGGUUCGUGGUGGGAACAUGCGGGGCUUUUUGUUUCAUCCUGAUCCAGUUGGUUCUUCUGGUAGACUUUGCCCAUUCUUGGAAUGAGUCCUGGGUGGACAAAAUGGAGACAAGAAAUGCCAAAGGCUGGUAUGCAGCCUUACUGACUGUGACAAUCCUAAACUACAUCCUGUCCUUCAUCGCCAUCAUCCUCUUCUUCGUCUUCUACACCCAGCCAGAGGGAUGUCUCAUCAACAAGUUCUUCAUCAGCUUCAACAUGCUCCUCUGCAUCGUGGCUUCUGUUGUGUCUGUCCUGCCCAAAGUACAGGAGUCCCAGCCAAAGUCUGGUUUACUUCAGUCAUCCAUCAUGACCUUGUACACCAUGUAUCUGACCUGGUCUGCUAUGACCAACGAGCCUGACCGGGCAUGCAACCCCAGCCUGCUGAGCAUCUUCCAGCAGAUCGCCGUCCCAACGCUGGCCCCUCUGGAGAUCGAGAACCAGACGGCAGUGGUGAUCAUCGGCAUGGAGGUGCCCACUCCGUCCUCGCCCUACCUGCAGUGGUGGGAUGCCCAGAGCAUCGUGGGCCUGGCCAUCUUCAUCCUCUGUAUCCUCUACUCAAGUAUCCGCUCCUCCAACACCAGCCAGGUGAAUAAGCUGACCAUGGCCUCUAAAGAUGCCAUCAUCCUGGCCGAGAGCAAUGCCGGCACUCCGGACGAGUCAGAGGGUGGGGUGGUCAGUGGGCCCAGGCGUGUGGAGGACAACGAGAGAGACGUGGUCCAGUACAGCUACUCUUUCUUCCACUUCAUGCUCUUUCUGGCCUCCCUCUACAUCAUGAUGACUCUUACCAACUGGUACAGCCCUGACGCAGACUACAACGCCAUGACCAGCAAAUGGCCAGCCGUGUGGGUGAAGAUCACCUCCAGCUGGGUGUGUUUGUCCCUCUAUGUGUGGACCCUGGUCGUCCCCAUGAUUCUCACAAAUCGGGAUUUCAGUUGAACACGCUCCAGCUUCGCUCUUCCUUUUUUCUCCCUUUUCAGGCAAACUUUUGUAAUGUAUUAUGUGAUUUCUGUCAAAACAUACAGUACACUACACCAUAUAAUCUAUAAAUAUGUUUUCAAUUAAGUUAGCCUUCACUUUUAGGAGGGUUAAUUCCAUUAGACUGAUGCACACUUAGAUUUGGACAACACCACUAAAUCAUUUGUUCUGUGUAUUAAAAGUGCCAUAAAGCCUGAACUUGAUACCAAAUGUUUGUUAGAUGCAUUAUGGGAAAUGUAGACCCAACAAGGAGAGAUUGAUUUGAAUUGCCAUACAUAGGGGGACCAAUUACAGUGGAUUGGAUGCUAUGCUAAAUAGCACUUAACCAACUUGCAUGUCACAAUCACUGCUUGAUAUG